AUGGCUGACUUAUUGCCGGGAUGUGUCAUUCAAAAAAUACUCUGUUUGAUUAGUUAUAAAGAAGCAUCUAAGAUGAAUAGUCUCUACAAAACAUGGUCGCAAGCUUGGUUGACUCUUCCCAACUUGGAAUUCACAGUAAGUUGUAGGCGAGGCCGGGAAGGUCAUACAAAGAAAGUGGAUACAAUCAUGGAGAGAUAUGGGAAAGGUAAAAUUCCUAUACAUAAGUUUGAAUUAACAGAGCUUUUUUCUGAUUCUUCCAAACUUUUUCAUCUGGUUGAUAAGUGGCUCCUCAUUGCACUUGAGAAUGGUGUAGAACAACUUGUACUUCACUUUACAUCAUACCCGCCGCCUAUUUUAACAAUCUUGGCAGCAAAAUCAUUAAGAGAAUUGGUUCUGGACGAUUGUACUCUUAUGCCUGUGAGUGGGGUUGUGAAUUGCAAUUCUAUGAGAAAGAUUUCUCUAUCUAAUGUGACGUUAGACGAAAACAUGAUUCAGACUCUACUUGAUAGUUGUCCCUUUAUUGUCUCUUUCAUCCUUAAGGAUUGUCCGGGGAUGACCGUUCUAAAGAUCAAGUCGGAUUCCCUCAAGGUCUUGAAGAUUAUACAAUUUUUCCAAACAUGUGAUAUUGAUGCUCCAAAUUUGGUAUACCUUGACUAUGCAGGGACUGAAAUUCCUCAUAUUGCAAGAGAAACAAGUCAAUUGAAGAACUCAAAAAUCAUUCUUCAUUUUUCCAGUUUAGAUACGGAAUGGUUUUGUAAUUUGAGGAAGUUUCUAUCAAAUUCGUCCUCUUGGUCUGAAGUUAUCCUUUGUUUAUCCGACUGCGAUGAUGAGAUCAACAUGACAGAUUUGCAAAUGGACCACAUAGGUUCUAUUGGAUUGGUGGACGUUUUAAAUCUCAAUAUGUUACUGAUGGAUGAAAUUAUAGAGUGCUCAACUUUUGUGGAUGCUUUACUAUGGAGUUGUCAUCCUUGUAGACUCAACGUAUCCUCAAUUGAUAUUGAAACAGUCACACAGUUAAUUGAUUGUUUAAUGUCUAUGAAGAAUUCGAGUCAUUCCUCUUCUAAUGGAAGCACACCUCAGAAUAAUCAAUUAAAAGAUAUAAAAGUUUUUGAUGGAAAAAAUCAGCUGCUGCAACUCGAAAGUGAGGAGCUUGCAAAAAGGAUUACGAAGGAGCCGGAGAAACCUUAUUUUAUAUUAGAUUGGUGA